UCUUCCUUUGCUCUCAGCGCUACACAGAGGUGUUAGCAUGGCGUCGGGGAUUUGAAGAAAUGAAAGGGAAAGCAGAUAUUUUUCUAAUGGAGUGAAGCACUUUAACUACUCCGUGUUAGACUGCAAUUCUUCAUCAUGAAGGGCUGAUUGAGAAAACCUUUAUCUGAAUGAAUACCGGCUAAGAGACCUAGCAGGUAACUUAGCUAAAUGCUACCAAGCCGGUUUAUCUGAGAUUUUACAUGCCUUGACGUCCAGCCUCCUACCAUGGAUGAAGGCAGCCUGGAGCAGGCCAUUGAGAGCUACAGAGCUCAACUUGAGCAGGUGGAGGCUGCACUCACCUGUGGACUCAGCUCUUCCGAUCAGGCAGACCUGCUCAAGCUGAAAGACGAUCUGGUCCAGCUCAUCGAGCUUACAGAGUCUAGCCUGGUGUCUGUCAAAAAGAGCCAACUCUUGGCCUUGCUCGAGGAGACCACGUCACACGAGACCACACCACCCGACGCCCAGGAAAGACCCAGCUUGGACGAUGAGUUUGCCACCUUCUAUUCGGAGUUGUCCGAAGGUCCGAUUGAGGUCACACAAGACCCAGGACUUGAGGAUGAAGAUGAAAAAGAGAAUGAGGAAGAUGUAGACAUAAGUGGCACCAAAGUCCGGGCACCUUUCUACACCUCCUGGGGAACGCUUGAGUACCAUAAUGCUAUGGUGGUGUGCUCUGAGGAAUCAGAUGGAGAAGAGGCACAAGUUAGAGUGCUUUUUGUGCAUCCUACACACAAAUCCAUGAAACCCUGUAAUUUCUUUCUGGAAGGCAAGUGCCGCUUCAUGGACAGCUGCAGGUACUCUCAUGGAGAGGUGGUGCGUGUCUCAGAGCUGAGGGCCUUUCUGGAAGCAGAUAUUACAAACAUGCAGGAGGGUUCCUCCUGUUUAGCCAAGCAUGAUGAUGACAUCUGGUAUCCUGCCAAAAUUACAGAAAUCAAGGAAGGCUUCUACACUGUGAAAUUUGACUCGUUGCUGCUGAAGGAAGCCGUCCUCGAGGCUGACGGUGUCAUUCCUCCUUUGCGGGAGGACGAUAACUCCUCUUCCUCUUCUGAUUCAGAAGAUGAACAGUGUGACGGCGGCUACGCCAAAGUUUUCAGUUCCGGUAAAGAUGAGGAAACGAACACAGUGAACACUGCUGAGUUCUGCGGCUGGGAGGCUCACACACGUGGAAUUGGGUCCAAGCUUUUGCUGAAGAUGGGUUAUGAGUUAGGAAAAGGUUUGGGGAAAACGUUAUCGGGCCGCGUGGAGCCCGUGCAGGCCGUGGUGCUCCCGAAAGGCCGCUCGCUGGACCAAUGUGCUGAGAUCACACAUCGCAAGACUCAGGCUGCAGUCGCCAAAAACAACCCAGCCUCGAGCCAACGGAAAAAAACUAAGAGAAAGCGGACGUCCACCUCGACCCGGACUGACGUGUUUGACUUUCUAAACUCUAAACUCGGAGAUUCCUCUCGGUCUGCUCCAGCUCCUUCCUGCUCCGUCAGCGGCGUGGAAGCGUACCAGGGAGGGAAGAGCACCAAGCGCUCACUUAAUGUUCAGCUGUUUCAGACCACUGAGAGGAUGAGCCAGGUGGAGAGAGAAAUCCAGCACCUCACAGACUCUCUAAAAAAGAGAAAAGGAAGGGAUGCUGCAGUUAUUAGUCAUAUAGAAGAGAAGCUCUCAGCAUCUCGUAGACUACUGCAGCAGCUGAAGGCUCAGGAGCAGACUAUUCAGAGAGCUCAGAAGAAAGCAGAUACGCAUAAGAAAAUGACUGAAUUUUGACACAUAACUUCCUGCACACUGGCGGAAAAUAUUUAUAUACAGAUGGACUUUUUGUAUAAAUGUCAUUAGUGCUAACUUUAAAGUUGAAAGCAGUGCUUAAUUUGGAACUUUGUUUUAACAGAACAACUUCUUUUUAAUAUUUUACAAAACUGUAAGCAAUCAGUCGUCAUUUAAUUUCUUCUCCUGUACUUGAAAAGGGUGUUGUUGUUUUUUUGUUUUUUUAAAGAUGUUUUAAUGUCUACAACUUCUUUUCAACACUCUGGAAAUCAAUAAGAGAAAACACGGUUGAUGAAUCACUAAUAAUGCGUUUAAUAAAAUUUUGGAACACGUC